AUGAACAACAACAUAGCAUAUCCCGAAAUUGAUCCAGCGUCCCAAAGAACCAUCGAAGACCUUGCCGCAAGCAUGAGAGAAGACGAAGCCUUUGCCGAAUACACAAACGAUCGAGAGACAGAAGUGCAGAUGUACAUUGAGGAGCGCCGAGCGCAUCUCCAGAUUUUUAUAGAGGAGCGUCAAAUAUAUCGACAGAUGUAUAUUGAGGAGCGCGAGACACGUCUCGAGAAGGAACGGAAGGAGGCCCGAUUCACUCAAUCCAUGACUCACACUACAAUCGCAUCGAUCUUCACUUUCAUCGUGUUCUUUAUAUUCAAGUACUGUCUCUGA